AAGGUGGCAAGUGUCCUUUGUCAUGUUUGGCGGAAACUGAAGGGAAAAAGAAAAGAUCCCGUGAGAGAUGCAGUGUCCGGCAGGCAGCACAAGGAUCCGCCUUGUCUUCUCCAGAAUCCAGUGCCUUUGAGUGGUAACUGGAAAGGUGCAAUCAGAUCACCUAUAUACAUUUGUCUCUACUUUUACAAUGCUUUGCUGGUCUUAUUAUAUAUCACUAAAUUGGCCGCAAAAGUAAAAGAUAAUAUUUCCAUUAAUUCAUAAGCAGCAUUCAUUGUCCAUUCAGUUUCCAUUUAUAAAACCAAUAUUGAAGGCGCAGCAAAUUACUGAAAUCUCCAAAGCUACAGAACACCUUCAUAUUCACAUUCACUCCGCUUGUUAGAUUGUAAGUACGGCAAAAUAAAACCUAACACUUCCCCACUAAACCCACCAAACCAAACCUAGCUGACCCCAAUCCUAUAAAUACUACUUUUAUAUUAUAUGAACAUAAUAUAAUAUAUAGCUUUUGGGUUCUCCAAUACGAGAGAAAGAGGAAAAUAUGAAACCCUGACCUGAGAGCAUCAGAUACAUUCACCUUUCCUCUCUGCUCUCCGCCUCCCUUCCUCCUGUUUAUUCCAUGUUUAGGAUUCUAACCUUUUUUCUUGUCUCUUAUUCUAUUUAGCUUGUUUAGAAUACUUGGUUUGUCUCAAAUUUGGAGUUUUUUAGGCACCCAUUUCUUCAAAAACACGCUCACUUCUCUUAAAACAAUGAAAAACACGGAUUUGGGUGUUCUAUAAACCCUAGAAAAGCACCCCCUUUUUUUAAUUUUUUGUUUCUAAUCAUGAGCAAGGGAGGAGUUCAGAUGCUUGAUGACAAGAAAGAGGGGUUUUUCUCUGUAUGUAAUUUGGGGUCUCAGUGGAGUCUGGAACAGAAUAAUGUUUAUCCAGGUGGGUUAUUUGCAAGCGUUGGUCAGAUGGGGAUAGGAUUUGGCGUAUCCCCGGAUUCCCCAAAUCCCCGUGACAAUGGUGGAAUCAAAGCACCGUUUUCCGAUUUUUUUCUGAAAUAUUUACCAUCACAAGAGGAAAUACGUGUUGUUGGAGUAGCAGAAGGUGAAGCAGCUUCCAAGACAAAGAAGAAAGUUGGAUUAAAACUAAAAAUCAAGGUUUCUAAUCCUUCAUUGAGGAGGUUAAUAAGCGGUGCCAUAGCUGGGGCGGUUUCAAGGACUUGCGUCGCACCAUUGGAGACCAUAAGGACGCAUUUGAUGGUUGGGAGUAGUGGGAGUUCUACACUUGAAGUUUUCAAUGAUAUAAUGCAGACUGAUGGGUGGAAGGGGUUGUUUAGGGGUAAUUUUGUUAACGUGAUUCGGGUUGCACCUAGCAAGGCAAUAGAGCUAUUUGCUUUCGAUACUGUGAAUAAGCAGUUAUCACCCACACCUGGGGAAGAACCAAAGAUUCCAAUUCCUUCUUCAUUAGUUGCAGGAGCUUGUGCUGGAGUCAGCUCAACAUUGUUGACCUAUCCUCUUGAGUUGAUUAAGACUCGAUUAACCAUUGAGAAAAAUAUGUAUGAUGGUAUACUUGAUGCUUUCUUAAAAAUACUGCAAAAGGAGGGCCCUGGUGAACUUUAUAGAGGCCUUGCUCCUAGUCUCAUUGGAGUAAUUCCAUAUGCUGCCACUAACUAUUUUGCAUAUGAUACUUUACGGAAAGUGUACCGUAAAGUUUUGAAGGAUGAGAAGAUUGGCAACAUCGAAACCCUUUUAAUAGGAUCACUAGCAGGGGCUAUUUCAAGUAGUGCAACAUUCCCACUUGAGGUGGCUCGCAAGCAAAUGCAAGUAGGGGCGCUGAACGGAAGACAGGUGUACAAGAACGUGUUCCAUGCACUGUCGAGCAUUCUGAAGCAAGAAGGGUUUCAUGGGUUAUAUAAAGGUUUGGGUCCAAGUUGCAUGAAAUUGGUACCUGCUGCUGGGAUUUCAUUCAUGUGCUAUGAAGCAUGCAAAAGGAUACUGGUAGACAAAGAUGAGGAAAUGUAGAAUUUGUGGAGCUGGCAUAAGUUUUAGGCUUUCUUUCAAUUUUUUGAUAUAUUGAACCGGCUAAAUUUUGUUGGUUGAGGGCUUACUCUUGAGUUUGGGUAGCGGCAUCUUUAACUGCAAGGUAAGUGGGUAAGAAAUGAGGUUGGCAAUCCAUAGGGGGUUUCCUUUGGACUAGAAAUUAAGUUGGUUGUUGGUAUUUAAAGAAUGAAAGGCUUGUUACAGUGUUCUACAGCAUGUUUGACUUUAACCAUGAAAGGGGGUCGGUUACCUUUUUUAUUAUUAUUAUCUUUUUUUAACA